AUGGCAUCUGGGUCAUGUCUAGGUAAAAGCUCGUGGCCAGAGCUGGCUAGGACAAAUGGGGAGGCGGCAGCAGCUACCAUUGAGAGAGAGAACAGAAAUGUUGAUGCAAUUGUCUUGCGAGAAGGAACUCCAGUGACCCAGGAUUUUAGGUGUGACAGGGUCUGGGUUUGGGUCGAUGACCGUGGGGUUGUGACUCAAGCUCCUCAGAUUGGCUAA